AUGGGCUAUGUGCUAGUGACGUUGCUGCUAGUGGCGACAUGUGCGGCUGUAAUCGGCACCAUCAGCUACUUUGGCAAUCUCCGUAAAAUGUACUGGCAUGCUAUUAUCAUUGGGUUUCUUGGCUGGUUUUUUGCAUUCUCAAUCAUUGUCAUCCUACCUAUCGACUUGGCUUCGACUCUAUAUCAUAAUUGUCUUGAAACCGGAACUCGUGUAUGCGAUCAACCAAUGGCCUAUGUCGAGCAAGAUUUCUUAUGGACGUUCUGGGGUAUUGUCUAUUGGACGAUGUUCAAUCUGACCUGGUUUGUGAUUCCAAUACAACAAACCUGGAUUCGAAGUGGUGAAUUCACACUUAAAGGCAAACUGAGAGAAGCAAUCAAAGAAAAUGUCGUCUAUUAUGCUGCUGUGGGAACCAUAGGAUUGAUAUUCUUGGUUUACAUUGCCAUCGUGAAACAAUUCCAAAAGGAAGAUCUAAUGGCAUUCGCAAUGGCGGGCGCAAACGCAUGGGGUUUAUUCCUCAUCACAAUAUUCAUGGGUUAUGGACUUGUGGAGGUACCAAGAGGAUUGUGGUAUUCGGCAUCAACGAGAUGGAAGUUGGCUCAUUUGGAAUUUGAAGCUCCGAAGAUGAAGGAAGCUGUUAUGGAUGCUGAAGCUGAGGUUUAUGACGUUGCCCGUGAAAUCGCAAUCAUGUCGAAAAAGACACCAUAUAAUCACGAAUUGAGGCCGAUUGUGGAUCGAUUGAUGGAGAAGGCACCACUCGCAUUGGAAGAACGAGGAGAACCCGAAGAUGGAGAAGCCGCACCUGAAGUGAAUGCUUCAAAUCUUGCUAAUCUCCAUGCACGGAAUAAGCGUGCCAUGAAAUUGUUAGAGAGAGCUCAAGCGCGCUAUGAUUUCUUGCUUCGAGAUGCUUUUCUGAUUCAGGAUAUUAUAGAGCAAGAGGAUAGUAGAGAGAGGAAAUUCGUGUCAAUAUUUAGACCUGCUAGAGAAUCGUGGUAUAAGGAGUACAAGCUUCGCCUUGAUUGGGUGUGGCUCAUCUGGAUAAAACCCAUUGUUACGAGAGGAUUUGCAGUCAUCUGUGCUUUUGCUUCAAUCGCCAUCAUAUGGUCAGAAUCUACUUUUCAAGUGGAAUCACCUAGACUGUCGAUACCGGCCUUGUUGCUUUUCAAUCCAGACAUAUCUUAUGGUGUCUUGCAGAUGGUGUCGAUAUGUUUCAUUCUGUAUAUGUGCUCUUGUGCAUAUACCUCAUUAUUCAAAGUCCAGUAUUUUGAUUAUCUGCUUGUGGCUGAACAUCAUACAGAUGAUGGAAGUAUUCUUUUCACGGCCGCUUAUCUUUGUCGAUUGACAUUCCCAUUGUGCUACAACUUUCUCAAAUUGAUUGGAGAUAACAACAAUGCUGUCUUUGUGAUGUUUUUGGGAGAAAGUGCCGAGCUAACUCCACUCCUUGGUGAAGGAUACAACACAUGGCUACCCGAAGUCAUCCUCAUAUUCUGUGUCGUAACCUUCUUCAAUCUCCAUGGUCGAAUACUCCGCCUCUUUAAAGUAAAAGCCUACUUUUACGAACAAGUCGACGUACACGAUGAACGAUCCGAAGAAGGACGAUCGAUUAUAGAGCAUGCUCGAUCAAUAGCCGAACGUAAAAUACAUCAACGAGGACCAUAUGCCAAUGGUAAUCCAUCGGAUCACUCACUAGGAUCAGUGGAAGGUGGAUUUACGAAUUAUCGUAGCACUACACGUGGGACAAAUAACAAUACAAGGGGUGCUGGUGGUGGAACGACAGAAGAUUUUGUCGCAAAGUAUAAAGCACGACAGGGGAAUAGUAGUAAUCCUAGUGAGACGUUUUCGUCUGUACGGGCAGGAGGUGGUGAUUCAUCACGAAGUGGAGGAAAUAGUAGAUUAGGUGGUGGAGCAGCUUCAUCUUUAUUAGGUAGUAAUGAACGAUUACGAGCUGCUAGUGCAGAUAAUACUCCCAAAGCCACAACAGGAUCGGGAGUGCAGCAAUCACUGAGCGGAUACUUUUCUGGAUUGAGUACUCGAUUCAAUAGUGUUGGUGGUGGUGGUGCAGGUGCUAGCCCGCCACGAGUACCUCAGAAUAGUAGCAGUAAUACUGGUGGUGGUGCCGGCAAGUUUCAACGGUUGCAAGAAGAGCCAACUGAACCAUUGAUCAACAAGUCUGCCAAGACCACUGGUAGUAUGUUUUCGAGCUUUGUUGGUGGUGCUAGUGGUGGUGGGAAUGGCAAUGGUGGAAGCAACAACAACAAUAACGGUGGUAGCAACAAGUCUUCGCCAAAAAGAAAUCGUGACAUGUUUGGAGAUCUGUGA